AUGACAUCCUUUCCUUUUGCAUACUCAUCUCUUGCUUCUACUAUCGCAUACAGCUUCUUACAUUUCGCAUUAUCAGACUGCUAAGACUUAACCGUCAUCAUGGUGAGCACGAGACAUCAUCCAAAAGACUUCCCCCCUCCCACGACACCCUCGAGUGCGAGUGACGGUACCAAGUAUGUCGUGCGAUCGUCAUCAACACCCGGCAAUGGUAAUCGCAAAGGCGUCCACACUCCGUCUAUGGUCGUUUUGGCCUGGCUCACGAUAUCCGUGCCACUCGUCCUUUGGGAUACCGGUUAUGUUCUUUUGCGACCGCACAGUAUGCCUGGUGGGAAAUUCCAUUCGCCCAUCUGGACGCCAUACGCGCUCUACGGAACUAUCGACUACGUCUACGGCUGGCCAGCAUUCGAUGCGCGAAAUGGAUUUACUGCUGCACAGGGAUUAUUGAAUCUGUUCGAGACGGCCGCUUAUGUGCUUUAUCUUGCUGUCGUCUAUUUUUACGGCACCACCGCAACUAGUUCCGGUCGCGCAACGACAAAGAAGGUCAAGAAGAGUUUACCGUGGUUUUUAUUUGAAGAGAAGGUGGUUCCGGGCCGCAUUGGAUCUCUUGCGCUGCUCAUUGCGUUCAGUAGCAGUGUUGCCACUUUCAGCAAGACCAUUUUGUACUGGUGCAAUGAACUAUUUUCCGGGUUUGCAAAUAUUGGUCAUAACAAUCUUUUCAACUUGAUUUUUCUGUGGAUUAUUCCAAAUGGUCUAUGGAUUGUGUUUCCAGCAUACAUGAUUUAUGUGUUUGGAGGCGAGAUCUUGUAUGCUCUGGAGAGCUCAAACCCACGACCCCCGAAAGUAGGUCGUUCGAAGAAUCAGUAAGGCAUGCCUCGUGGGAGAUCAUCUUGCUAUAUGAUCAUAUGACGUCAACACACCGGGCCCUUAUCACGGUCUAUCGGAGAGAACCAUUCACAAGACUUAUAUCCAGAAAUACGACACGUAUUUCGGCAUCGAUCACUGAUGCAUUCCAACUGUACAUAGCUAAAAGAAUAAGAAUGCAAUUGCUUGAGAAUUCGGCCAAACAACAACCCUGAUCCUUUUUCAUUUUGAACUACGUACAACAAAAUUUACCAAGGCGACACACCAUACUUGCCCACCAUCUUGCCAACAUCCGCAUCUCGAACUCCCUUGACAACAUCAGCAAUGACCGCUCCACCGACAUGAGGUUCUGCUGCCCCACGAGCCCUGAGAGAGUCCGCAUCACCCGUAAAAUUCGUGGCAUUUAACCCAGGAUCAGCCGUGAACACCUUGAAAUUCUUCUUCUCCAACCCCAGUAUGUGAUGGUACUGCACCAUCAACAUGUUCAACGCUGCCUUACUGACACGAUAGUCCGUCCCCUGAGGGCGAUAGUACGGCGAACUCGGAUCCGACGCACCA